CGGUUACUUAUUCGGUUGAACGAAACGAACUUAAUUAAAAUAGUUUAUGGAACCUAGAGCAUAUAAAGUUGGAAAAUAAAAUUAUCAGAGGUCUGAAAGGAAUCGCGGUACGAUGCAUAAUAUCUUGUCUUGGCUGGUUUUAAUAGGCUUUGCAUGUCUUACUCUCGUUGCUGGUUUUGUAGAUGAGGAAAUAAACUGUUUCUCCCUGCAAAACGAAUUCUGUCCUAACGACAACAUUACCUUUUGGCUCUACACAAAAAAAAAUCCACAAGGAAAGGAGCUUCCAUCAGUUGGACUGCCUACUAAUUCAUUUGUUCCCCGCAAACCGCUCAAGGUUCUGAUCCAUGGCUUUAAUGGGCACCGCGAUUUCAGCCCCAAUAACCAGCUGCGUCCGCUGCUCCUGGAACAAGAUUACAAUGUGCUAUCCUUGGACUAUUCAAAACUAGCCCAUGAACCCUGCUAUACGGAAGCGGUUCACAAUGCCAAAUAUGUAGGUCGCUGCACUGCUCAGCUGCUGAAAAGACUCGUCAAAAACAGAUUGAUCAAGAAAGAGGAUCUGCACCUAAUUGGCUUCGGCUUAGGUGCCCAUGUGGCAGGGUUCGUUGGCCAGUUUAUUCAGCUGGAGCACAUCACAGCCCUUGAUCCGGCCAAACCACUUUACCUGGUCAACGAUACGGCUCAAAAGCUCGAUCCCACUGAUGCCAAGUUCGUGGACGUUGUGCACACGGAUGUGAUGAUGCUCGGCUUACUGGAGCCAGUGGGCCACGUGGACUUCUACUUGAACAUGGGUGUAUCUCAGCCCAACUGCGGACCCAUUGAUAAGAUGGAGACUCAUUUCUGCUACCAUAACCGAGCCGUAGAGUAUUAUGCCGAGUCCAUUUCAUCGCCCUCUGGAUUCUAUGGCUUCUAUUGUCCCAAUUUUAAGAGCUUCGCGACUGGCAUCUGCGCUCCCGAAAAAAAUAUACAGCUUAUGGGCUACCACGUCCGUUCGGAAGCCAGGGGCAGGUAUUUUCUGGAAACCAAUAAUAGUCCCCCAUAUGCCAAGGGGGCGAACUUUUCUAAUUUGAACCGCCAACUAAAAGGUCGCACUUUCGUGAACGAUGAAAUCAUAGACAAAAUGUUUGAAACACAGUAAGGCUUCCCCGUUCCUAACAGCAAUUUUUGUUUCAUAAAUAAACGUGGAAUAAUAUAGGGCACAAACCAAGAUAAAUCUA